UCAAGACACUUGUAUUCAUAUUAAAACAGUUAUACAAGUAUAACAAUUAACAUUCACAAAACGAGAAAAUAAGUCUGAUAUUACAUGUAAGUAUGAUUUAAGAUAUUAUUUUAUACAACAGCACAUGGGUCACCAUCAAUGAAAGCUUACAAGAAAUUUCUUUCGUGGGAAAGUUUUAACAAACCGUGUGAUGGACUUUUGUGUAUAAAAAGAUGAAAUAUGUGUUGAAAUGAUCAUAUGAUUUGGGGAAUAUGCACCAAAUUUUGAGAUAUAUAUUAAUAUCUGUAAAGAAUAAAGAAGAAUCUGAAUGAAAAUGUAUAGUUCUGCAAGUUGCCUCAUCAACUUGGUUGCUUUCUCAAUGUUGUGGUUUCUUCUGCAAGCAUCAGUGAUCAGUGCAAAUUUCAGCAUUGGUGUGAUUCUUGAUCAAGCUUCUAGGCCUGGAAAAGAGGCCAAGGUAGCCAUUGAGAUUGCAAUUCAAGAUUUCAACAUCAAAACCAAUCAGACAAUUGGUCUGAAUCAUCAAAACUCUCGAAACAAACCACUUCAUGCAGCUAUUGCAGCAAAACAUCUUAUUGAUGAAGACAAUGUGAAAGCCAUUUUGGGAGGUCAUAAUUGGGAAGAAGCUUCUGCCAUAGCUGAAGUUAUCAGUGAAGCUGAUCAAAAUGUUCCAGUUUUUCUCUCACUAUCGACUACACCACAGGCCACUCAUCAAUGGCCAUUUUUCUUUCAAGCAGUUCCCACACAAUCGACACAGAUGAAUGCAGUGGUUGCCAUUUUACAAUCGUGGGGUAUACGUCAAGUUACUCUCAUAUAUGAAGCCUCGCAUCUAUCCUCAACAGCAUCAAUCAUCUCUCACCUCUCUCAGGCAUUUCGACAAACAGGUUCUGAGCUAAACCAUAUCGUACCACUCACAUCUGCGUCGUGUUUGUUAGAAGAAGAGCUUGAGGUGCUCAAGAAGCAACAAGUUAAAGUCUUUGUAAUUCAUACAUCCCUGGAACUCGGGAUUCGUCUCUUUCAGGCAGCCAAGAAAAUGGAGAUGACUGGAGACGGGUAUCUAUGGAUUGCAACUAAUGGAAUCACAGAUAGUUUUCAUUCCAUUAAUUCCUCCAUGAUUUCUUCAAUGAAAGGCAUGAUCGGAGUCAAAAGCUACUUCCCGGAAAACACUCCGGAGUUUAGAGAUUUCAGCAAAAGAUUCCGUCGGAAGUUCAGUUCAGAUUACCCAGAAGAAGAGGAGGAUGAACCUGGAAUUUUUGCCGUGCAAGGAUACAAUGCCGUGAAAUUGUUUGAAGAAAUAUCACCAGAAAACUUUGAUCACAAAAUACUUCCCCCGCAGAGUAUCGUCGAGAUCGUGAAAGUGGUAGGAAAGGGAUAUCACAGUGUGUACUGGACCGAAGGAUCAGGGUUUUCAGAGACAAUGGACGAUGACAUCAACGGAGUAACCACGUACACCAAUUCAAUGGACAGCGUCGGACAAGCUUUGUGGCCGAUGCAACCGUGGUACGCCAAUAAACGGCGCCGGAAUCUCGCCGAAAAUCCAGAGAUUCGGAUGAGGGUCGGCGUGCCUGGUCGAUCGCUGUUUAAGCAAUUCGUGAACGUGGAAUAUAAUCCCAAGAAUAAUGAAACUGUGAUCAGUGGAUUCGUAAUCGCCGUGUUUGAUGAAAUUAUGAGAGAAAUGAAACUGCCAUACGAUUAUUUUCCAUUCUAUGGUUCUUACGAUGAACUGAUGAGACAAAUACCAGCAGAGCAAUUCGACGCCAUAGCAGGCGACGUAACAAUUGUAGCUAGAAGGCACGAGUACGUCGAUUUCACGCAACCAUACACUGAAUCAGGUCUGGAGAUGAUCGUCCCCAUCCGCUCCAAAUUAUCAAACCAGCCAUGGUUGUUCAUGAAGCCUUUUACUGCGCAAAUGUGGUGGCUAAUAGCAGCAAUCACCCUUUACAAUGGCUUCAUCAUUUGGUUGAUCGAGGUACCAUUUACAAACUUACAAACUUUCACUAAUCUUAAAUGUCGUCGUUUCACACAUAAUCGUUUUCAGGGGACAAGUUGCAUAGCAAUUUGUCAAGAAUGGCAGGUGUCGUUUGGCUAUUUGGCGCUAAUCAUCACACAGAGCUACACGGCUAGCUUUGCGAGCAUGCUCACAGCUCAACGACUCGAACCCACCAUAACCAGUGUUGAAAUGCUCAGAAACAUGAACGCAACCGUGGGGUACUGCAACGGGUCCUUUAUCAACUACUACUUGAAGGAUGUUCUCGGUUUCAAUAGCUUCAAGGUCAACAGCUAUAACUCAACUCAUCGAUACGCAGAAGCCCUAAACAGUGGCGAAAUCGCCGCCAUCUUUCUUGAAGCUCCGGUAGCCAAAGUCUUCCUAGCUCAGUACUGCAAGAGCUUCGUUAGAACCGGAGAGACAUUCAAAGUUGGUGGGUUUGGAUUCGCAUUUCCGAAGGAAUUUUCAUGGCUUUCGGAUGCUAAUAAAGCCCUGAUGAAUGUUUCGGAAAGUGGGAAACUGAAAGAACUGGAAGACACGUUCCUUACAUCUGAGAAGUGUGUGGAUGACGAAUCUUUUCCUAACGAAGAUGAGAGUCUUAGCCCUCUGAGCUUCUCGAUACUAUUUGUGUUAACGGGAGGGACAUCAACGGUUGCUCUUGUCGUGUACGUUGUCAUGAGCAUUAGAAAAUUUAAAGAAUCUAAUCCCGGAGUCACAAAUAUCUUCGAAUUGAUAUAUGAAUUUAUGAAAGACAAAUGGUAUCAAAGGGGACACUCAUCUAGAGUAGUUGCCGAUGCACAAAGCCCCACAGGCCUACAGAUGGGCCCGGUGAACACGAGUUGACGUGGAUCUUGUAGCAAAUACGUUUGGUUGUCUAUUCUUAGCAAGAGAAUUGUAAAAACUUCAUGAAUUUCUAUGAUGGCCAUUUUUGUCAUUUCAUUUGAUAGAUAACAAUACUAGGACUUGAGUAUGUAACUCGUGGUGUAACAGAUUAGAAAAAGGAAGUCUCAAUAAUAUACAAAACAACCCACUCACUCCUGAAGUUUACAGUCUCGUGUGUUAUUCAUGAGUUUCUUGC